AAAAAAUAUAUUUCCUUUUUGAUGUCCCCCAUAUCAUGAAGUGCAUAAGGAAUCAUAUUUUCACGCACAAAUGUGUGCAGUUUCAAGGUGAAUAUGUUCAAUUUGAUCACUUCAAAAAUCUCUAUCACGCGGAAGAAAAAUACCAAUCAGGAAUAUGCCCAAAGUUAUCUUUUUCCCACAUUUUCCCCAAUACCUGGGAGAAAAUGACAGUCAAGUUAUGCACUCAGUUGUUCUCAGAAUCAGUUGCGUGUGGUUUUGAGUACUACGCCGAUGACUUGAAGUUAGAUACGUUCAAGGAUACCAAGCCAACUGUAAAAAUGGUGAGACAGUUGAAUAACUCUUUUGACGUCCUCAAUGGACGAUGCAGGAACGAAUCUAUCACCAAAUUAAAUUGGCAAGCGAAGAAGAAAAUUCUGGAAACAACACUCUGGAUAUGACUGAGAGAAUUUCAAAGGAACGAAAUGAAACUCCAUUUUUGUCGCAAACAACCCUUGAGGCAUUUCGUCUGACUUUGCUCAGCAUAAUUGAUUUAACGGAAGACCUGUUAUCCAAUAACUAUGAUUUUGUUUUGACGGGCAAAUUCAAUCAAGACUGCAUUGAAAGGUUUUUCGGAAUAAUCCGCAAUGCAGGUGGCUCAAAUGAGCAUCCCACCAUCCAUUCAUUUAUGCAACUGUAUCGCCUGUUUUGCAUCUAUUUCCCUACUAAGGAUGUUGUUUCUGGUGGAAAUGUUGAUCAG